CGGCAACCAGGGAAACACAAUCGGUGCAGCAAGACCUUACUUCUCUGAUGAUUUUUCACAAUGCUGAAGUGGAGGAGCUGUCGCAUGCGUUGCAGCUUUCCUCGUGCUUCUCCCUCUGUCCAACCAUGGACCUCGUGUCGUUCCAAUUAAACGACAACGUCGUGUGGGUCUACAGAAGAGGCAACGAGAAGGUAUGGGACAUCGAGCAUGCAGAAACGACUCCAGAUGAGGCCAACGGCAACGGGGAUGGUGGAAACACGAAGAAGAUCAAGGAUUUAGCAUGGAAGCCGGAUGGUAAGUGUUUUGCAGUCGUGUCAACAGACGGACUGAUCGAGUUGUUCGACACAAUGAGCGGGGUGUUGAUCAGAUCAAUUCAUUUAGAAAUGGAAAUAUCUUGUGUAAAGUGGUUUAAACGGAACCCGGAGGUAAACAAUGGCUUGAAUCGGUCAAGGGUUGGGGGGAUCCUUGACGAUGUUGCCAUCACGAACUCGCUUCCGUCUCUCAAGUUUAAGAUGAACAACGGUACCUCAGGCACAUCCAAGGAGGAAGACAACGACUCAGUACUGGACUUUCUCAUUGCAGGAUCAACAGGUGGAUCAUUGAGCUGCGUGUUUUCAGGGAUUUUUGUAGUCGAAAACUUGACGUUGUGUGAUAUUUUUGAAAACUCUGAAAUCAUGGAUAUCAUCUCCAACAAGUCCUUGUCGAACCACUAUGUACUCCUGAAUACCCCUGCAAGCAGAGACAUAUCGGUGCUGAAGGUAGACACGGAUUUCAUCCACAGGGACAAGAAGUUCACCAAAAUCUUGCUCAUCUGCUCCAAGCUCUUGAACCUCAUCGACCAUAUCAAAAGCUCGAUCCACCAAAUCGACAGCCAUUAUAAGCCGUACUUUGAUUACACGAUACGGAUUGUUGAGUUGCUACGAAGGGAAAUCAAAGAGGAUGAAAUUGAAAACGACAAUAAAAGCGGGAACAAAAAUACCGACUCUGCCGGCAGGGGUGACAACGACGAAAACGACGAAAACGACCCCAACCCACCAACAAAAGAGGAUAUCAACAACAAUAGCGACCCCAUCUAUGAUCUAUACGAUUUACUUCUUACUGGGUCGUUAUCGAAUGCAACAAAGAAGUGGCUAACCGACUAUUUGAGCGAUCGAGGGGUGAAACGAUGGACAAAGUUAGGGCGUACCUAUUUCGACAACGCCAGGAGCUCCAUAUACAACGACUUAGUGUCGUGCUUACACCACAUGAUAGUUUUCCUUACGGACCUAAAAGGUUUGAGCCAGUGGGCUUCCAACGAUACGUCCUUGUAUACGCUGGAUAUCGAAGAGUGCAUAAAAAUAUCCCAGAGCUAUUUGAAGUACUCUUACAAGUUCAUGAUGGAAUUGAACGAUAGCCAGCGAUAUUUUGAGCAGACUAUUAUAUGGCUUUCCAGUAUUCUAUCCGAGCUAACUGCAGACGAAAAGCUGAAUGUCAGUUUCCGAACCAAUGAUAUCACGAAGUUCUUGAUGUUUGUCAGCAGCAAAAUCAAUGCAGUUGACAGCGACUCCGAUCAUGGCAGCAUACACGAUGCAUCUAAGGUAAACGAGUUUACGAAAUAUUUGGAUACCGUGUUGAACUCAUUAUUUGGCAAAAUAAAAAAUGACAUCAAAUCCAAAUUCAAGCUGGAUACUCAUUCACUUCUUUUCUCAAACGAAAAUUCAUCCGUAAGCCAUGUGAGCAUGAAGAUAUUCAGCGACGAUAACAAAGGCCACGCUUUAAUGCUUUUAGAUUCCUCGCAAAUAGUAGUGAAAGAAUUUAAUCUUACCACUCUUGAUGUUCAAACCUACGAGAUGACAAGAGAAGGAACUGAAACCAUUACCGAUAUGAAGAUUGUCUCUAGCGAUAGAUUACUCGUGCUAUUUGAUGAUUGUGUCAUUAUGUAUAAGUUGCUCUUAGACACCAAAGAGGCUGUAGCCGACUUCAAGUAUGUUUUGCAGGAGCAUAGCAACGAGACAGACAGCGACUUUCAGGCAGGAUACUUAGCUGUGAACGAGGACAAAAAGUUGUUCUGCGUGUUGGACAAAACAAAGAAGAAAUACGUGUGGAUUAGUUAUUGAUCUAUAAAACGCUCUGAAACUUAUCUAAGCUCUUUGUACAAAGUCUCCAUCUUUUCCGAGAUGGCGAUUCUCUUUUCUAGAAUAUUCGAUUUUGCUAUUCGGGCUUCAUCGUCGAUGGUAAAAGCGGUCAAGCUGAGAAAGUUGACGUAAGCUUCUCUUACUGCUCCAGGAAAAGAAAUAAGGUCUAGCUGGUUGAAUAUGUGCAUGUCUUCUUGGGUGAUCGGAGGGUAUUUGCGAUAGUACUUCUGGAGUUUGACAAGUCUAGCCAAUCUCAUGUUGAAGAUCCGUUCUGCAGAGGGCGGCAAGCCAAACCUGUUUGGGUCAACUGAGAUCACCAACUCAGGGAGUUUAAACUUGGGCUUCACAACACUGCUGUACUGCUGUCGUACUUUGAUGAGUCUCCGUACAUCUUCUGAAACGGGCGUUUGGGGCUGAAAUUUCAGCUGUAAAAUCUUGUCACUGUUCGUUUCCAAGGGCACCUCC